AUGAAGCAGAUUUUGUCAGCUGCAGCUGGGUGUCUGAGAUCACUGUCAGCCUGGUGGAAUGUGCCUGCGGCGUUUGCAGGAGGGUUAGUCCACUCAGACAAGAUCGCUGCCUGCGGAGUUGCUGUGCUUGCAUUCCCUGGAUUUGUGAGAUUAACAGAGAGCCCUCCAAUGUGGGGUGAGGAGGACCUCAAGAAUGUCAAGGGAGGAGACAGACCCUCCGUCUAUUUGAUUGCAAGAUUGAUGUUACGAAAUGACAUGUGUAUGACCCCUUUAUCCACAGCUUUUUAUUUCAACCAAUAUUGUAGCUAG